AUUUUUUGAAAUUGUAGGGUGAAGUGUCCAUUGAAAAUGAAUGGGAACACAUUACAACAUUAUAUUGAUAAUACUUAUUUGUACAAAUCGUAAUGUUUUGUGAUAUUGGAUUGUUUGCUAUUUUCGGAACUGUAGGGCGAAGUGGAUGAGAAGCGCCAGUCGAUCCCAGCAGUGUUGUCGUUGAAGACCUCAGUAGAGGAGGUGGGGGCUCUCGAGCCAGCCGUCUCAGGGUGGUACACCGUCAACGAGCUUCUCGUCGACAUGGGGUUGGCGCUGCCCGACUCUCACAUUCAAGACCGAUUAUUCAAACAACAAACUCUGCUAGAAUCUUUAAUGGGCACCAAGAAUAUUUCUCCCAAAGGCGAUACAACAACAGCAAAACAUGCUGACGAAAAAUCUGAAGGAUCUGUAAAGAGUGAAUCUGAAACGUCUUCAUCAUUACUGUCCUCGGGAGCUAUUUCUAAGAAGAAGAAGGAAAGCAAGAAUAAGAAGCAAGCUAGUCAGUAUGUGACUCCGGACAUUUCGGACUGGCUACCACCUGAACCACUGCAUUCGCUCAAGUUUGACACAUCGGCAUCCUAUGUCGAUAUGGACGCUAACAUCUACAUUCAGGAUACUACGAGUGCGGACACACUGCGCAUAAUCGGCGCUACGCUGCAGACCAAAUACGAGAACUCGCGUCCCUCGCCGCACGACUCGUUCUGGAGCGCCGGCCAGCUGUGCGUGGCCAAGUACCACGCCGACCAAAAGUGGUACCGCGGCAAGGUGAUGGAGGUGCUCGCCGACAACCGCUACCGGGUGGUCAUGGUCGACUAUGGCAACGUGGAGGAGGUGAAGGCAGCAGACAUGCGCAAGAACCUGCUCAUGACUCAGGUGCCCCGCCAGUGUCAUCCAUGCGCCUUGAAGCGUGUCAAACCGCUUUCAGAUGACGGAAAAUGGCCUACUACGGUAUUGGAUCAGAUAUAUGGGUAUGUAGUCGAUCGGCAGUGUGCGGUUGAGCUGGCGGGCACUUGUGGUGAUUAUUCGGUUGUAGACAUAGAAGUGUUACCGGGCGAGAGUCUAAUCGGUCUGCUGAUCAGACUGAACUGCGCAGUGUUGACUGACACAAAUGGAAAUGCCAGAGAUGAUGAUGAUGACAGUAGCUCAUCGAGCAGCAGCUGCAGCAGCGAAGAGGUGCUGAUUGAGAAGGAAAUAGAGGCUGCGACAACUGAUGACUCGGACGCCAAGAAGUCUGCCGUCUCAACAAAAAGCUCCGACGACCAGGAAAGCGAGACUAUGGCCAACCAGGUGAGGAUCUGCGAAACGAUCCCCCCGACUUUUGCCGAUCUCACUAUUGAGGGGCCCAACCCAAACCCGGCCGCCCUGAAGAGCUCUUGGCUGGAUAUUAUGGAAGAGGAGCAAAAUAAGGCUCUCAUGGAUCAAUACAGAGUAAUUGAGCCAAGAUAUAAGCCACUAGUAAUUCCGCCUCAUAUUGAAGAAAUUGAAGUUGAAGCCACUGCCAUUAUAUCUGCUACAACAUUCUUCUUCGGUCUUGUAACUGAAACAGCAGAUGUCAAGAUGAAAAGAGUUGAAUUCACAAAAAUGCAAGCAGAAAUGCAGGAAAUCGCUCAGGACCUUCCGCUCAUAGAAAUGCCAACUGAAAAACAAGUUUGCUGUUCCAAGUUUCAACAUGAUGGCUAUUGGUACAGAGCAGAAAUUUUGAAAGUAAAAGACAAAACAUGCAUAUUGAAAUUUGUCGACUAUGGAAAUUGCGAAUGCAUCUCGAUCAAUGAGAUUCACGAACUGAAGCCUGAGUGGCUGAAUAUUCCUAUCCAAGGCGCCCUGAUGACUCUGUACAAUUUGCGUAUGGCUCCCAACGUCGACGUCAAAGAUUGCGCCAAAGCUCUCAACAAAUGUAUCUUUGAUAAGACACUUACCGCCAAAAUAAAGAAUUACAAUCCUCUGCUUGUGGAAGUUUUUACACAAGAUGGAAAAUCAGUCAACGAAGAACUGACGUCUCAGCCAUUCUACAUGCAAAUUGAUUAGAUUCAGAUCUCCUACAUCCAUUUGAAGUGACCAAGUCCUAGUGUAAUUAUACGAGUCCUAGUGUAUUAAUAUCAGUUAACUUCUAUGAAAAUAGAUAAAAUUUGAAGAUGGCAUUGAGCAUUGUGAAUUCUUGAAAUUCUCAUAGAAAUCUCUUGGAUUCUGUACGCCAGGUAAUAAUAUCAUUCUUUAUGUGAUUUGUUAUAGUUGCCAAUAUUCAUUUUAAGUUUUGUAUAACUUACGCUAUUACCAGUGUAAACCAAAUAGUUCCAGUUAUUUUUAUCAUAAUUGACUCUAUCCUUAAUAGAGAUGAGAAUUAGAGAUGUUUAUAGUCAAUAAGUAGAAGGAAAAUCUUUUCGUUUACAGUUUAUUCCUGGCCAUAUCGCCUUAUUUAGUUUUUUUCUAUUUCGUUUCUUUAGAUUUUUUUAUUAGGCCUAUAGCAAAGUAAUAUUGUGUCUGGACUAUUGCAAACUUUAAGAAAUUCUCAUAAACAUGGUCUGCCUUCUAGAAAAUAUGAGAUUUUUUUCAUAAUGUCUUUUGUAAUUUGCUAUUCUUCGUAAUACAGUAUUUCCUUUUCAUAUUUUGUAUUAAUUUUCAUUCAAUAAAAUCAUAAUUUUUGUGUCAA